UGCUGUAGCUUAGGUUGUCUUGGUUUCCCUUGCUCGUGAACAUGAAGAGAAACGUCUGACUGACGUGUAACUUGGAUUGAAGUCAAUUUCCUUUAUCGUUAAGAUAAUAUGUAAAACUGACUCAGUGACCAGGACAGUAAUUCAAAUCAUAUGGUUCAUCAUUCUCUACUAAGAAAUUGAGGAUACCAGACAGAAAACCUAAAUCAUUCCAACAUGCCAUAUCGACGCGGUCGAUCAUCAAUUAGAGAGGAAUAUGAAGAGCGCUUUUCAGCAAUGGACUCAAGAGAGGUAAAGGUCCAUCGAGUUGUCAAUAUUGUUGAAAAGAGGAAUCCCAUGCCCCGGCCACUUGUGGAAUUUGACCGAGGUUUUAGUGAUGACCAGUGGUACGGUGGUCCUCGGAAUUACCCGGAUCCAAGAGAAUGUCCCGGUGAAGGCAGUUACCCACCCAAAGAUCGCCAGUACUUUGAUGGCAAUUUUCGCAGAAAUGCUUCACCCUCACGAAAUGAGGGCCCGCACUCCCAACAGUCUUACGGCAGAGACGAUUUGAGGCAUCAGUUAGGUUCAAGGAACAGUGGCAGAGGUAGUCCCUAUUUCCGCAGCAGAGGUCGAGGGUCAGGCCCUCCUUUAAGAGAAGACCACGGUGACUACCGGAGCUCUCUAUCUGUAGGAAAGCGGGAUCGCUCUCCGGGAAGAAGGGACGCCCAGCCACUAGUACCUGCCCGCUCUGGAUCAAACACCAGUAACAGGAGCUUCUCCCCCGACAGGGAGAAAGUCUUCAGCUACCAGCAGACGCACCAACGGCAUAAGACCAGUUUGCCGACGAGCCACACUCCUAGCAGCUCUGUGGAGGAGACUCCUCACAGCUCUGGAUCUUCAAAGGAAAGAAGUCCUGCAUUUGCUACGGAGACAGAGGAGGUGGUUGCUGCCAGCAUGGAGCCAAAGCUGACACCAGAGGAAGACCUCAAGGCUCGCCGGUUGGAGGCCAUUAAGGCUAAGGCGCUUGAAAUUGAGAAGCACUACAGGCAGGACUGUGAGACAUUCCGCACAGUGGUGAAGAUGUUGGUGACCAAGGAACCCAGUUUGGACAAUCUUCUCCAGGCUCCACUGGAUGAGAACCUGCUGGAGAUCAAACAGCGCUGCCUGGAUUCCCUCAGGCACUUUGUGAAGGAGCUGGAUGAGGUAUUAGAGCAGCCGGACUCCUCGGCAUAAGCCACAGGUCAUAAAACAAUAAAAUUAGUGUUUUAAUUAUGUUCUUUUAAUCAAAUAAUUGUAACCGAUUAAUUUUCAAAUGUAUUAUUAAGUAAAGACAGGAUAUCUGGCGGUGGCACUUUUCCACUUGCUGAAAUAUAAUAGGAUUUAAGACUCAAUGCUCUAUUAAAUAAUUGUUCCAAUGGAUACAGUG